UCGUAAAUCUAAUUGGCGUACGCUUUUAAACUUGGCGGAAUGCAAAAGUAUGCACCAAUCAGAUUCACGAAUUUUAAUAGCUGCAAAGAAGCUUUCUCUGUGCUGAACGUGAUUAAUGACCCUAAUAGUAUUGUGGCAACCUGUUUUGCGAAUCUGCUGUUGAAGUGCUUUUCACUUGCGAUUCUAAAUCUAAAUUUUUAAAUGGCAGUAGGCAAGAAUAAAGGCCUUUCGAAAGGAGGUAAAAAGGGAGUAAAAAAGAAGAUUGUAGAUCCUUUUACACGAAAAGACUGGUACGAUGUAAAGGCACCUUCUAUGUUUGCUAACCGGCAGGUUGGCAAAACUUUGGUCAAUAGGACUCAGGGCACCAAGAUUGCUUCAGAAGGUCUGAAGUUCAGAGUAUUUGAAGUAUCUCUGGCUGAUCUGCAAAGUGACCAAGAUGCAGAAAGAUCAUUCCGCAAAUUUAGACUGAUUGCUGAAGAUGUUCAAGGUCGCAAUGUAUUGACUAAUUUCCAUGGAAUGGAUUUAACUACAGAUAAGCUUCGAUCAAUGGUGAAGAAGUGGCAAACAUUAAUUGAAGCUAAUGUUGAUGUAAAAACAACAGAUGGUUAUUUACUAAGAGUCUUCUGCAUUGGUUUUACAAAUAAGGAUCAACUUAGCACAAGAAAAACCUGUUAUGCUCAACAUGCACAGGUGAAAAAAAUUAGACAGAAGAUGGUUGAAACCAUCACUGAGGAUGUUACAAAGACCGAUUUAAAGGGUGUAGUGAGUAAGUUGCUCCCUGAUGCCACAGCCAAGGACAUUGAAAAAGCAUCACAAGGAAUUUAUCCUCUGCAUGAUGUUUACAUUCGUAAGGUGAAGGUAUUGAAGAAACCUCGUUUUGAACUUAGCAAAUUGUUGGAGUUACAUGGAGAAGGAGGUGGCAACAAAAGUGAGGAGAUUGGCGAAAGUGGUUCCAAAGUCGACAGACCAGAAGGUUACGAGCCACCGGUACAAGAAUCUGUUUAAGAAUGUACAAUUUUUCAAUUUUUCAUAAAAAUAAAGUUGGAUUUUUAUCGUAUAAAUAA